UUUUCGGAUUAGAAACUCAGAUGUUACAUUCCAAUCUUUACUAUUUUUGUGAAAGAAAGUGAGUCAUAUUUUGAAGUUGAAGUUCUCACUUUGAAAUUUUUUUUAAUUUUGAAGCUGAAGUUGUUUGUUGCAGAUGCUUUCUCUGAUUUUGCUGAAUAUGAAUGUUUUUUGUACGACCCUGAUGACCAAAUCCAUCGAUGUUGUGAGCCAUAUGAAGAAAAUGUUUCUGUUGUAGCUAGCAAUAAGACACCACCUCUUUCUGGGUUCUGGAAUAUACCCCCUUCAAAAGUAUUUGAAAGAGCACUUUCAACAGUCUAACUGGGACCCCUGAAGUUGAGUUGGCUCCCUUUGUCAUUUCCAAACUCGACUUAUUACGUUGCUCUAUAUUUUGCAGAAAAUAGUUACUAAAUGCUAUCAAGCUCAAGGGUGCUUGACAUACACAUAAAUGACGUAAGGUAUUAUGGCAAUUUGAAUGUGACUUCAGAAGAAGCUACCAUCUUUGCAACCAGGUGGCCUCUUGAUGGUCCUACAAGGAUAACUUUGAGAACUAGUGCCAAUUCAAAUAUUAGUCCUUUGACCAAUGCAGGGGAGAGUUUUGAUGUGCAUCACCUCGGAGGAAGAACUCAUACAAGGGAAGUUUGCGGAGCCUUCCACAUUAAUGGAAUGGUGAUCCUUGCCUGCCCCUUAAUUACUCAUGGACUGGAGUUACAUGCUCUGAGGUGGUUACUUUGUGAGUUGGUUAAGAUGCAGUUAUUUGCCGUCUAUGUAUCAUUUACUGUUGCUCAAACAGCUUAACUUUAUUUUCGUUUGUUUACAGGAACCUGACUAGUAUGGACCUUGUGCUUUUUGCUCUUUGAUUCAUUUGGCAGCUUAAAUGGUUUGUACAAAGGUACAUGGGCAUUGACAUAGAAUUGUCUUAUAGCUUUUUAUGAAAACUACAUCUAAUAUGCUUUUCUUUUUGUUAAAGGCAUUUGCAAGACAUUCAUCUCAUUGGAGAUAUUCCCUCAUCACUUGGAGACAUUGGAAGCAUGUGCGAACUGUAAGUCAUUCUCUCAGUAUCCAACAUUUUCAUCCUUACUACUUUCUGUACCCCAUUAUGUGUGCCACUUUUGGAAAAAAGAAAGAAAAGAAUCACAACUAGUUUGUUAUUCUUAUUUAAGUUUGACUUUCUAGUCCAGGUCCAGGCUAGUACAUAGAUAAUCAAGUGGAAAAGUAAUUGAUUAAGUUUAAUGUCAAUUUGGUUCAUAUAUGACUUAUUUUGAUAUAUAGAUGCUAAGAGAACAAGAAGUGAUAAAAUUACAGCACGAAACUUCCUACUUAUCAAGCAUUGCCACUGGUACUUGGUGCUUCUGCGAAGCUAAUCAUGUAAAUAGCAUAUUGAUAAUCAUAUGUGUGCCACGUGUUUGGUGCCGCACAUUUUUUAAAGCAUCUAUCUUAUGAAGCCAACAUGCCCCUGCUUUAGUCUGGUUAUAGUAAGAAUUGUAAAGAUUGCAUUUACCUUUGCUAAGAGCUAAAAGAUCUGUAGAUUUCUAUUUUUUAGACAUUUCGUCAUUGCAAAAACUGUUUUAGAGUUGUUGCUAUCCUUUAAGCCAUUAGCCAAUACCCAGUUAAUUUUCUGUUUGGGUUCAAACCCU